AUGGGCGACAACCCCACCAUCCGCGCACCCUCCCCGCGCAAGGGAUCCAUCUACAGCAUAACCCAGGCAGACUUUGACCCCCCUACCGCCCCCACCCCGACGCCGACGGCGACCACCAACGUCCUCUCGGCCCACCCGCAUUUGGGGCACUAUAUAUUCUCGAUCCUCAACAAGGCGUACUUUCCCCCGCAGCGCUCGGCUGUGGGCGAUGGGAAGCCGGAGAAGGAAAGGGAAAAGCACCCGCUUAGCCAUUCGUCGGGUGGCUCGGAUGAUGGUAGCGACGACGGGGCCAACGCAUCAGCAGACAUAGACAAUGAGGACGGGGACGUAUCGCAGUCCGAGUCGGAAGCCGCGUCACAGACCAGUACGGCGACCAAAAGCAGUGAGGAGGGCGGGUCGAAGAAGGCGACGAGCGCGGAGAAGGAGGAGCUGGUGAAGCGGAUUGUGGAUCUGCUUGACAAUGAGCAAGAGGACGAAUUGAAGGUGGUCUUGAAGCCGUACAUGGGCGAGCUUGGCAAGGACGACAUUCUGAUGGAGCAAGUCUGUCUCGACUGCAUGCACAAGCGCAAAGACGACAUGGAGAAUCUUCCCUACGCACCUCACCUCACCCCUACCCGCAACCGUGGCGGCCCUACCAUCUCCCGCCCAUUCACUCCCUCCAGAGCCCCCUCAUUCCAUGGUCGAAAGCCCCUCUCCCGCGCCCACUCUCCAGUCCUCCCCGCUGGCAGUCUAAAAGGCCUUUCGCCUGCGCCCAGUCCUUUGGCCAGCCCGAGGUUGCUCAAUGCCAAAGCUUCGCAGUUCAACCCCUCUGCCCGGUCCGUCUCUGGCCCGGGGGCUAUGAAUGUCGAGGCGAAAGGCUUCAUACCGAGUGAUGCGUGGAAGGACGCACCCGAUACGCCGCCCAGAGUCGGUUCGCCGUUUGGCGCUAUUGGCGGGUCGGGCAUGACGAGGACGGCGUCGAAUUUGGCUAUCGCUGCGCCCCUGUUUGGCGGUAAGGGGUCGCCCUUCCACUCGCCUGUGGGUACACCGCAGCUCACGCCGGUGAAAAUGCCAGACCUCUUUGGUACUGCUUCGCCCGCGCUGAGCCUUAGGAGUCGGGGUGUGGUGCCCGACGACGACGAUGACGACGAGUUUUCGCCCUUCGGCUCGGGCCUGCCAAAACUGCAUCAUCAAGAGAACGCUCUCAAACCCGACUCCAAACCCUUCAACCCCUACUUCCCGCCCAGUUCCUACCUCUCCUCCGACUACACCCCCGGCUAUCCUUCAAGCGCCUACUCGGAUACCUCCUUCAACUCUGCCGAAUUCGGCGAGGAGAACGGGGAGGAUGUGAGUGGGGCGGGUAUGACGCCGCUGGAUGUGCUUUGCAGUGUCUUUACGAGCGUGCCCCGGAAUGAGCUGGAAGAUGCCUUGCACAGAGCUGGGUACGAUUUUGAAGCAGCCAUGUCCAUGCUCGUAUCCCAAUACACCGCCCCUCGCUCGGGCCAAUCGACCCCCCAACGCGUGUCCUCCCCCCGCCCCAUGGGAAUGGGCCGAGGCGGCCGGGAUGGGUUCUACCCCAACCUCCCCUCGAGGACUUUACGUUCCAUGUCCCCCAUGGGCCCGCGGAGCCCAGCGGCAGGAGGGGGCGGGGGGAAGAUGUGCCGGUACUUUUUGGCGGGGGAGUGUAGGCGGAGUGAUUGUAGGUUUAGUCAUGAUUUGGAUAGGGCUAUGUGUAGGUUUUGGUUGAGGGGGCAUUGUGCCAAGGGACCUAAUUGCGAGUUCUUGCAUCAGUUCCCAAACAAUCUCGAUGUGUCGGCGCUCCAGACGUCUUUACAGAGAGUAGAGAUGAACGACUACGCCCGACCCGACUCGCCAGGGUAUGGUCAAGGCCAUCUGCACCACCAACAAGCCCCCGACGAAUUCCCCGACCUAAACUCUUCGCGCAUGACCCGCGCACCAAGGUUCGACCCCUCCAGAAACAGGUUUGCCAACGCCCUCAAACGCGCUGCGCCCGUCAUGCCCCGAGACCACGCUACUGCUCCUGCUCCUCCCGCGCCGUCGUCUGUCUACUCGGACGACUCGGCGGGGGUGGCGAUCGUGCCAAAGGCGUCGUCGAGGGUGGCGUUGAGGAAACCGGUAUUGUUACCGACGCUGCCGACGGGGGCGGUGGCGAAUGAGACGUAUCUCUCCUCUCGCGCUGGGUCGAUCCGGCUUGGCCACGCUCGUAACGCUUGCCUCGCCCGCGCGGCGGACGCUUUCCGAAGAGGCGACGGGGGUGCUGCGAAACGCUUUUCGCGCGAGGGUAAAGCGCUCAAUCAGCGGAUGUUGAACGAACAAGCCGAAGCUGCGCAAGAACUUAUCAAAGUCCGUACCGCCCUCGCCCGCGAAGCCAUCAUGGCCCGGCCCCUCUCUUGGUCUACCGACCCGGCUGAUGCGAGGGAGAGGGGUAAACCGUGCGGCGGGGGACUGGGGGUGGUGUUGGGUGUGGCGUCCGUGGCUAGUUUGGCUGGCAACGCCAGGGGUAGCAAGGGUGGGGGUGGGAAGGGGGGGUUGGAAGAAGGGGAGAGGGUGGAGUGUGUUUUGGAUUUGCAUACGUUGCAUGGGCAGGAGGGGGUGGAGAUUUGUGGGCAGUUUUUGGCGGAGCUUGAGAGAGAGCGGUUCAGGGGUCUUGCGUACAUCGUGAUAGGCUCCGAAAAACACGUAGGCACCCAAGAUCCCAACCGCGGCGCAAGCAAGACGCGCUUGGGCACCAGUGUGAUGCAGGCAUUGGUGCAGUGGGGGUAUGCGUGGAGUGAGGAUGUGGGGAUUAUCUGUUGUGAUCCGUGUCGGAAUUAG